AAAGUUAUCCACAAAUGCAUGCAUGGUAACAUUCAAUUGUAGCACAAAUUACAAAUAUGAAAUAUCAAAUCAAAACAAAAAUGAGGCUGACUUGCGUCUAAAAAUUAGUUCCUUGAUUUCUUUAAUUAUUUAAAAUCAGGUAUUAGUGUUUAAGUGUAUUAUAUUCCAUGUUAAAACAUUUUAUAAAAUGCAGUGCUUUGCGCCUUUUUGUAAAAAUAAAAAUGAGCCGAAUCGCGAGUCUGAAUCUCUGGGCAUUACUUUCCAUAAGUUCCCCACGUCACGCGGAAUCCGCGCAACCUGGCUCCAAGCUCUCGGUAAACAAGGAUCUCCCUUGCCACGCGGCACAGUAGUUUGCUCACAGCAUUUCCUUACUGAGGACUUCUCAGAAACUAGAAGUGGAUCAAAGAAAAUGCGGCUUGGAGCUGUUCCUUUUUUCAUACAUGAAAUAGAAACACCUAAUAUUAAUCAAAAACCAACAAAUUCAGAUAAACAGGUAGAAAUAGACAUUGCGCAUGGAAUUGUGAACAAAGUUGAAAUCAACAAUGAAAUCAACAAUGAAAAAGCAGAUAACUCUAAACUUAGUGUGGAUACUGGAACAAUAUUUAAACAAGAACCCUUAGACCAAGAUUGCAUGGAGACUUGUGCUAAUGUUUACGACUCACACUUUGAUGUAUUUAAGAAAGAAUUAUGUGGCAACACUUCAGAAAUGGAAAAUUUAAGAGACAAUCAAAUUCAUACUCCAAUUACAAUACCUUUAAAUUCCGACAAGCCAACUCAAAUGAAUACAAACAAAGAAAAGUGCAAAAAGUUGAUCCUUUUGGAAGGAGUUAAUUUGGAAUCUCACUCAACUGUACAUAGUAACAAUGAUGCAGUAGAAAAUGUAUCUGCAUCUACUUAUUGUGAUAUUAAGGGAAAUCAAUCAAUUGCACCCAACAGCGAUAAAAAAGCAUUUAUUUGUGACAUUUGUCAGAGUACAUUUGAACAAAAGCAUUAUUUAGUUCAUCAUAUGAGAACGCAUACUGGAGAGAAAGCUGUUGAGUGCAAUGUAUGUCAGGCAAAAUUAAAGACUAGUGCCACUUUGAUGAAACACAUGAAAACUCACACAAAAAGUGCUCUAAAUUCACAUUUGGAGACUCUUGCUGGUGUAAAAACUUAUUUUUGUAAACAGUGUCAGUGUAAAUUCAAAGGCAAAACUGCUAUGCAAAAUCAUAUUAUGAGGACUCACAUUGGUGAGAAACCCUUUACAUGUACAAUCUGUAAACAAGAAUUUCAGCACAAAAGUUAUUUAGUUGCUCACAUCAAGAGGGUGUACAGUAAUGAGAAAAGUAAUUAUGUUUGCAAAUUUUGUAACUUUAAAACUGAGUGGAAUUGUGACUUUUUGAUUCACAAGAGAACUCACUCUGGUGAAAAAUAUCAUUGCAACAUGUGUCAGUCCAAAUUUAAAACGAGUACGAGUUUACUGACACACAUGAAAAUUCAUACUGGCGAGAAAACAUAUUUUUGUAACAAGUGCGAGUUUAAAUGUAUAAAGAAAUAUUCUUUUACAUGUCACAUGAGAAUUCACACUGGGGAAAGACCUUUUGCAUGUUCGCAUUGCCCGUAUAAAGCUUCCAUGAGAAAUACUUUAAUUUUACACUUGCGAACACACACAGGGGAGCGACCUUACACUUGUAAAUUUUGUAACUUUAAAUGCAAGAAUGCAAGUUCUCAUGUAUGGCACAUGAGGACUCACACUGGGGAGAAGCCUUUUUCAUGUACAUAUUGUGACUACAAAUGUGCAAAUACAAGUUCUUUAAAAACACACAUGAUGAGACACAAUGGUGAAAAACCUUAUUGUUGCAAUGUUUGUCAGCAUAAGUGUGUAACCAGUAGCUGUCUAAAGAGGCAUAUGAUGACACACACUGGGGAGACACCCAUUAGUUGUAAAUAUUGCCAGUAUAAAUGUACAGAUAGAAGUACAUUAAUAUCACAUAUGAGGCGUCAUAGUGAUGAAAGACCUUAUUCUUGCAACAUUUGUCAGCUUAAAUUUAAAAGCAGUAGCUCUCUUAAAAGUCAUAAGACAAUACACACUGGAGAUAAACCUUUUUGUUGCAAAUAUUGCCAAUACAAAUGUAGGGAGAAAGGAACUCUAACUUCCCACUUGCGGACUCACACUGGUGAGAAACCAUAUCAUUGCCAGCAUUGUGACUUUAGAUGCACCCAAUACGGCAGUUUAACAAGCCAUUUAAGAACUCACACUAAAGAGAAACCAUAUUCUUGUCUGCAUUGUGACUUUAAGUGUUCACAAAAAAGAGGUCUAAAAAGGCAUAUGAAGACUCACACAGAUGAAAAACCUUAUUCUUGCAGUUUUUGUCAAUUUAAAUCUCUACAGCGCAGCAGUAUCAAGAGGCACAUGAGGACUCACACUGGGGAGAAACCGUAUUGUUGUCAGCAUUGUAACUUUAGAUGUGCGCAAAGUAGUAGUUUAAAAUCUCAUUUUAAGACACACACUGGUGAAAAACCUUAUACUUGUGAUGUGUGUCAAAAUAAAUAUGCAAGUAAAAGCAGUUUAAGAAAACAUAUUAUGAAGACUCACAUUAAUUGUUUACAAUAGUAAAAUGUCAGUGUUCUAGCAAGCAUAAGCUUGCUUAUUGUAUAAGUAUGUUACUGUCAGAACUUAUUAAGGGGCGACGAUACGAGUCUUAGCGGCGUACCUUAUUUAAAACACUAGAGGUAGGGCAGAUAAGACUGCAUUGAGUCGCGGGACUCAGAUUUAAACCCACUUUCUGAGUUUAAACUUAUAUUUUUAGAUAAUCUUUUUCAGUCAAAACUACUUUUGACUAAUGUUAUUUAUCAAAAUUAGUUUGGACUAUAAUUUAGACUAUGGCAAGAGUUUUAAUGGUAACAUAUUAUAACGAGAUUUGUGUACAACCAAAUAAGACCAAUAAAGCUUGUUUCCUAGAAUAGUUGUGCUAUCAACUUGGUGUUGCUGUAUCUACUCUACAUAGCAACCUCACUGGGCAAAACUUGGAUCACUCCAUUUGUCUCAAGGCCCAUUUCUUCAGAAACAGGUUGAUAUGUAAAGGUGAAAUCAGCAUAUAGUAAUACUUUAGUAAUAAGCAUAAGCACAUAGUACUUUUUUCAAUAUACUUUUAUUAAACAAAAUAAAAUCUUUUUAUCCUAACUAACAUACA